CAGCAGAGCAGCUGAUUUAGCCCGUGUUUGUGUUUACGUCUCGCGUUUUGCACAGGAUCGGCGGCGAUGCAGCGGCUGUUGCAGUCGUCGGCGCCGCUGUCGGCGCCGCCGGACAAGGCCACGCUCUGCAAGCUGCGGGAAAAGAGCGCCGACACGUUGAGCAAGUGCGAGAAGGCGCUCGAGAACUGCGCCAAUGACAACGCCAAGGUGGUACCUUGAGGACCGCGAGCAAUACCCGCCGGUGAUCAGCGGCUCUCCCUGGCGGUGCAAGGUCUUUUAAGAAUAAAAAAGGUUCGCGGAGAGUAUUAUUUGUGCUCGGUGAAUAAUUCCGCUGGCGAGGAGACGGUGCAGGUGGCGCCGACAAUGCCGCCAGCCCCAGCAUCAGGUCGUCGACGUCAGAAAGGCGGCCGUGUUCAGACACGUGAGCGUAGCCAUUGCGUGAGGAGGUCGCUGGUUGGAUUGGAGGUUGCCGUUGUUUGGUGUGGAGAAAUGGACACCCUGGGCAGCGACUCGGAGGUGGAGCAGCAGCACCGCGACUCCUCGUCGUCGUCCGAGACGUCAGUGUCGAGCGGCCGCAAGUCGUACCCUUCGCUGAAGGGUCAGGUGCGCACCUCCAGCCACUACAAGCUAACAAUUCCCCGACCUGGCAUCAGGUGUCUUGGCGUCGAAGCGGGCGUCGGGCCGCUUCUCCGACUCGCAGCUGAAAGCCGAGCGCCACUUCGCCUCUCACCUCGACAGGGACACCACCUUCCAAACCAACGUCCGGCCAUUGUCUGAGAUUCGCUACCCCCUCCCGUACUUAAAUAAAAUUUUUUACUGACAAAAAUCUCGAAUUUUCUUUAUUUUAUCAACCGAAUUAACCCGCUAUUCUUUUAAUUAAUAAUAAUCAAACAUCUCGGCUGCGCUGCUGCAACACUCCCUCUCGCAGCUGCUUCAGUUUUGGGAUUGUUUUAUACGAAUUUUUAGAAUUUGGAAUAAAAUUUGAGAA